UGUGUUGUUUGGGGCUGGGUUGAUAGAGAGGCAGCCAUCGAAAUGGUGGUGUAACAACAUUCUCGGCAUCGUUUGACUUUAGGCUUAUGUUGACGUAAGCCAGGAUGAGUAAUAACACGGCUCUUCAAAAAGCAAUCGACCUGGUGACACGGGCCACCGAGGAGGACAAAAACAAGAACUACGCCGAAGCCCUGCGCCUCUACGAGCAUGCGGUGGAGUACUUUCUUCAUGCUAUCAGGUACGAAGCACAGACUGAUCGGGCGAAAGAAAGUAUCAGAUCCAAGUGUGUCCAGUACUUGGACAGGGCCGAGAAGCUUAAGGAAUACCUGCGGAGCAAGACGAAAGAGAGGAAACCCGUGAAACAGGGUGAAAGCGAUGACAAGAAGGAAGGCAACAGCUCCGACAGUGACGAUGAGAAUCCGGAGAAGAAAAAACUGAUGAAUCAAUUAGAAGGAGCCAUCGUCAUGGAAAAGCCGAACGUCAAGUGGUCCGACGUCGCUGGACUGCACGCGGCCAAGGAAGCCCUGAAGGAGGCUGUCAUACUGCCCAUCAAGUUCCCCCACUUGUUCACGGGCAAACGUAAACCGUGGAGGGGCAUCCUGCUUUUCGGACCCCCCGGUACGGGAAAGUCUUAUCUAGCCAAGGCGGUGGCCACCGAAGCGAACAACUCGACGUUUUUUUCGGUUUCAUCGUCCCACCUGGUCUCAAAGUGGCUCGGCGAAAGCGAAAAGCUGGUGCGCAAUCUCUUCGAGAUGGCGCGCAACCAGAAGCCGAGCAUCAUCUUCAUCGACGAGAUCGACUCCCUCUGCAGCACCCGGUCCGACAACGAGAAUGACGCCACUCGACGUAUCAAAACGGAAUUCCUGGUGCAGAUGCAGGGUGUCGGCAACGACACCGAGGGCAUUCUCGUGCUGGGCGCCACCAACAUCCCGUGGGUUCUGGACUCGGCCAUUCGGAGGCGUUUUGAGAAGCGUAUCUACAUUCCCCUGCCGGAUGAGCCUGCCAGAUUGCACAUGUUUAAGCUGCACAUUGGGAACACGCCUCAUACUUUGUCAGAAGACGACUUUAAGCAGCUGGCCAAACGCAGCGAUGGUUUCAGCGGAGCCGACAUCUCAGUGCUCGUGCGUGACGCCCUCAUGCAACCUGUACGCAAAGUACAGACAGCAACCCACUUCAGGAGGGUACGAGGGCCCUCUCGCAGUGACCCCAACGUCAUUGUGGACGACCUUUUAACACCUUGCUCUCCUGGUAGCCCCGGCGCCAUCGAAAUGUCUUGGAUGGACGUGCCGGGAGAAAAGCUGCUCGAGCCUACGGUAACUAUGAGCGACAUGUUGUUGUCCCUCUCAACUGCCAAGCCGACCGUCAACGAUGCCGACCUUGGAAAGUUGAAGAAGUUCAUGGAUGACUUUGGCCAGGAAGGCUAAAGCAAAGAGAAGCAUUGGGAGGCAGUGUGAAAAUGACUCGCCGUCUUGGCGACCGAAGCUUUUCUGGUCAUGGCUCGGACCUCUUCGGUCCCUGGCAUCUGACUACUUGCAAUGCACGAGUGACGACAGAAGCCUCGGAUGUGAAGAGCAGAGGGGUGAAGACUCAGGAAACUGGCCAGUGUUAGACAACCAUCUGGAGGACUCCAGCAUUGCAAGGGCUGUGUCUCAGAGUGUGCAUCCAUCGCCAUGGCCGCAAAAGCUUUUAUCUGCCAUUGGCUUCUUGGCAAAGAGCUUGGCAUCAGAAAGUGUUCGAGCUAGUGUGCACCAUGUUUCAUCCCACCCCUUCUUCUUAAAUAUAAUAAUGGCUGUGCUUGUAGAACAAGACUUGUCACUUUUGGCCUAGAAGAAAAAAGAAUGCUCUGUUUCAAUCCGGCACUAAAGUUUAGGAAGCUGCAGGUUGUGCACAGUGACUUAUCAGAGCCAUUUUUGCUAGGCAGAAAGUUUCAAGUUUGGAUUUUAUGCACACCAUUCUUUUGUUUUUGGCAGGCCAUAUGCUCUAGCAGUGUUCUUACCCACAAUGCUCUUAACACGCUACACGUUUGUUAAGCUUAUCACGUGCUAAAAGGCGCUGUAAGGUAUAAGUGUUUGUGUGAGCGACAUUGAGUCUUUUGGAUGUCCCUAUGAUGUAAGAAUGACAGCAAAAUUAAGUCUGGUUUUUAUGCAAGCUAUAUUAUAGUCGGCUUCUCCAGAAGAAAAAAAGCUCAGUGCCUAAACAGGUGGCAUACAAAAUGGUUCGAAGCCAUCAGCUAAGUAGACCGCUUCAGCUCUGGCUGCUUUCUUAAGAGUGGAAACUUAGUGACUGCUUCACUAGUGUACGCUAUGAAAACGGCAAGGCUGUGGGUUGUGCGACGUGUUGCUAACUGCUGGUGACGAUUAUUGUUCCAGGCAGUCCUGAAGCACUCUGCAAAGUCUAUUGAUAGCUUGUUGUUGUUAUGGCCUCAAUCAUCAUUCUUGCAAUGUUUUAGAUAUUCAUAUUUUUCUGAAAAGCUUUAAAACAUGCCCCUUGACACAUGUCCGGCACCGUGUGAAAAAUUGUAGUUCCCUUGGAGACUGUGCCCUUCGCUGAAGAUACACUGAGAAUUGUUUUAUUUUUUCCUGUUUUUGUGAAUUGCGAUUAACAAGAAAGAAAUAACUGUUAGGCAAAGCUCUAUUGUCAGUUUUGUAUGUAAAAUAUGUCACAUUUCAUUUGAAUGUUUGAAUUUGGGAAGUGGUUGGAUAAGCUUCUUGAGACAAGAAAGUACAAUAAACUUUAAACACAACG